CUACCAUGUAAAAUACCUAUAUUGGAUUUCUAUAUUUCCAUUACAUUUUAAACCCUAAAAUUUCAUAAGCCCUCUUUCAUCGGUCUACUCGUUUCCUCAGUUCGCUCACAUUUCGAUUUUCGACCUGCUGCUCUCUCGAACCAGGUAAAUCACUGUGGCUGAUUCAAUUUCCGAUUUUCUCGAUUCUUCAGCUCAUUUCGACUUUGCUUCUUCCAGAUCCCCGUUAAGAUCUAAAUCAGUGAUCAAUCAAUCAUGCUUUUUGGGGCAAUAAGAUCCAUAAUCCGACCUGUGUCAAGAACCCUAAUUUUAUCUCGCUCUAUCACAACCACUUCAUCCCCUUUAACUAAACCAUUGCUUUCUGCUGCAUACACCAAUGAGCUGCACCCCCUUUUUGGGUCAAUCCACAAGAACCACCUGUUUUGGGGGCCCACAUCAGUAAGGGCAAUCCAAAGUCUCACAGAUACCCGGUUCCCAAAAAGAAGGCCUGUUGAUAAGCCACGUAGGAAAAGGGCUAGCUUGAAGCCUAAAGGGCCUUAUGCUUGGGUUAAACAUGUUCCUGGUGAACCAAUUCCUGCAAAUCAACCAAAUGAAGGAAGUUUCAAACGUAGAAACGAAAAAAAGCGAAUAAAACAACGCCAUGCCUUCAUAUUGUCGGAAAAGAAGAAACGAAAGGCGCAAAUGCAAGAAGCCAACAGAAAGAAAAAGAUUGGGAGGAUAGAGAGAAAGAUGGCUGCAGUUGCAAGGGACAGGGCAUGGGCUGAAAGACUGGCUGAAUUGGAACAGAUUGAGGAAGACAAGAAAAAGGCGGCUAUGAGUACGACGGCUUGACGGCUUGGUUUUGAAUGUUUGGAAGUUUCUAGAUACGUUUGAUGAUGAAGUGGACAUUAGGAUCUAGAAGUGUAGCCUUUCGAGUAAUUUUCCAAAGAUUUUGUUUGGUUUAUAUCAAAUUGUUCAUUUCUAUCUUCAUUUCGGAGAAUAAGUUCUCACCUACUUCAAGGUUUCCAUAUUUACUUUUUUUUUUUUAAUAAAAAAACGGCUAAGGCUAACCCAUACACGUA